AUGUCGACAGAUAUUUUAAAGGAGCAAUACAAACAUCUGCAGGAGGAAAAUGACCAACACAAGAAGCUCACCAGCCAGCAAAAGGAUCAUUUGGUCUCUCUGGAUAGGGAGAUAACUGUGUCAGAAAACAGGAUCCGGGAGAAGCUAACAGUCCCUGGAGGUCUCAUCAAACAAAAAGGGAAGCACCAUCGGCACUGGAAACACAUCCGCAGCUUAGAAAACAAACUCAAUCAGGACACGAUAAAGUUUGACGUGUUGUUGAGCAGAAACAUGGAUCAACGCAAAGACAUUGCUCACCUGCUACAACAGAAAGGCUUAUGGUGCAAUAUUGCAAAGAAAUUCAACAAGCAGUUUGCUACACAGCAAAAGUUCACAGAGAAAAUGGAGGAGAGUUUCACCGUGGCUUUCCAACAGAGGUCGGAGGCCGAGAGCCGAAUGCUGGAGGUGAGUGAGUGGAUCGAGGUGGAGACAGCUCAGUUCACCAACAGAAAGAUGCAGCUGAAUAGAAUCAUCGACCAUGACGUCAAACUGCAGACUUUCAUGGAGACCAAGUUCCAGGAAGUUAUUUGUUUGGAAGAAAAUGAAGACUCCAAGAAUAGAAAGAAACAGCAACAGGAUCAGUCUGGAGUUGAGAAGCUGGAGUUGUACCGACAGGGCCACAGCAGUUUAGUGGAGGUCACUGGGGAGAGCGACCUGCAUCAAAUCGCCUACAUGUUUACUCAAAACGACCAGAAGAAUUUUGCUCGUAUCAGCUACAUCAACGAGCUAGACAACAAAAGGAACAUGUUGAAGCACUGCUCAGACAAAAUGAAGAGUGACAUCCUGUUUCUGGAGGAAGAGAACAAAGGACAUGAUGAGCAGAUUAAAAGCACGCUUAAGGAUCUAGAGUCUGAGUUGAAGAAGAAGCGCUGUCUGUCAGACUCUCUGGAGCAGCAGUGCGCUGAUGUUCAGAUGACUGUAGGCGAGCUGAUGGCUGACAUCAGAGGCCUGUUAGACCACAUAAUGCCAGGAGCUGUCACCGUCAAUCUUGACAAUGUCGCACAUUUCACCAGUAUCCUUGAGGAGAACGUUAGUGACCUGCUGAUCCAGGCCAACAACGUGGAAGAAGAGCAGAUGGAGAUGGAUCCUCAGAGCAUGCUGUUGGCAAACUCUGAGCUGCUACCAGAAAUUGAAGUGGUGGUUGAUACAGAGCGCCGCAAAUCUCCUGCACGCUCCCUCAAGUCUGCCUGAUCAGACAGACUCUGUGCCAUCACAUCUGCUGCCUCCUACACACUCCUGAUGGCAUAAAUAAACAGCGUCAAAGCCUGUUUUCCUGUUUGUAGCAUUCAGAAAGGUCAAUUCUUCUGUCAGAAGUACAUUUUUAUAUUAACAAUGAAAUACUCAUUUUAAUUGCAUACGUCCAGAGAAUGUAUAUUAUUC